CAUGACCAGAACUUUGCACGCUAUUCACAGCCGUUCCGCUUCCUAGACUUGCCCCCUGAGCUUCGUUCCAAAAUCUACGAAACCGCCGUUGUUUGUCAAGACGUUGUUAGAGUUGCCAAGCCCCCUCACAAGGAUACUUGUGCCUGCAGGAAACAGCUCACCAUCGCUCGCCAUCAAAAUGGUGUGGGUGUGAAUCCAGACAAACGUCCUGUCGCAGAGCUUCUUCGGACUUGCAAGAAGAUUCGCCACGAGACGUCAGGAAUGUUUUUUAACCACAAUACCUUUGGAUUGCAUGACCUUAAGACACUCGUUUUGUGGCUCGAGGUCAUAGGUUCUGCCAACCGAGCAGUUCUGAGAACUCUUACGAUCGAGCGGGACUGCAGUGCUGACCUGCGCAUUCGUCGACCGAUGUGGAUGGUAGGGCACACAUCCAAUUUCUACACCUCGGAUCCAACCGCUCCCCGCGGCGACCCAUACCGGAUAACCACGACCAGAGUCGGCGAGCUCCUCUCCGAAUCCUUCCUUCUCGAAACCUUGCAGCUACCAUGCAAUUACAACUUCUGGCAGCUCCCGCCCCUGACGAUCCAUCGGAGCGAUACAGAAUAUGUGGUUGGGGAAGUCAAUAUUGCGCGCCGUAUUGCAGAGACUCUAGUAGAAGAUUUUGCGCCGUUUUUCCAAAACAGCUUGCUGCUUGGCAGAAGCGCCGAGCAACUCUCAAGGGUAAUUAUCGUUGUAAUAAUCAACAGGAAAGACUACUUUAUGUCGCCGAAUUCGGACUCCGAGGAUGAUUGGUAUAGGUCAGAGGAAACGUCAGGACACUUGAACAUACUACUUCAACAACUCCAACAUAAGCUCAGAGAUUCAGGCGAUGGUGUUCCUGCCACGUCGAGUACGACAGGCUUGCAACGUAAGGCUCACACUGAGGAAGGCGGUAUCCGAGAAAAGGACGGUCGAAGCAUUCUUCAAGGGCAAUCAUAA